CACCGCCCGCCGCCGCCCGCCAGCCCCUCCAGUCAAGUACUGAUCCCCAGGAUCGCGGGGCUCCCCCCGCCGCGGCGGCGCGCCAAGGGCAGUUGGCCGAGCGCCGAUGCAACGGCCGACGGGGGGCGGGGGCUGGCUGCCGGCUUCCGGGAGGGCGGCGGAUGUUGGCGUUUGAAUUGCCUGUCGGUUAGCGCUGGCGGCUCGGUGGCCUUUCGCCCAUAAGAACUCAGGAUGAGUGAAAACAGUAACUUUGACAUUCAGAGUCCAUUCUGUGUUCUCUGUGGACGGACAGAUGACUGCCCUGAAAAGUAUGGAGAAAAAAGGACCUAUGUGGAAUAUGGUCUCACAGUUCAUUAUUACUGUUUGUUAAUGUCAAGUGGCAUUUGGCAGAGAGGGGAAGAAAGUGAAGGUGUAUAUGGAUUCUUAAUCAAGGAUAUCAGAAAAGAAGUAAAUAGAGCUGCAAAACUGAAAUGUAAUAUCUGUAAGAAAAAGGGUGCUUCAAUUGGAUGUGUAGCUCCCAAAUGCAAACGAAGCUACCAUUUUCCUUGCGGGAUACAAAAGGAGUGUAUUUUCCAGUUCAUGGAAGAAUUCAGAUCUUACUGUUGGGAACAUAAACCAGUCCAAAAGUUUCUGGAUAAAGAAUCUAGAGGAACUUCACAGUGUACAAUAUGCCUGGAUUUGGUUGAACGGCUUCCACUGUACACUGUAUUGAAAAGUCCUUGCUGUAAAAACGCUUGGUUUCAUCGAGAAUGCUUGCAGUAUCAAGCUUUGAGUGCUGGGAUAUUUUUCUUCAGGUGCACAGUAUGUAAUAACAAGGACGAAUUUCAGAAAGAAAUGUUAAGAAUGGGCAUACACAUACCAGAAAAGGAUGCAUCUUGGGAACUUGAAGAGAAUGCAUAUCAAGAACUACUGCAAUGUUAUCAACACUGUGACAUUAAAAGAUGUCUCUGCAAGAAAGGAAGAGACUAUCAUGAACCUGAUAGUAAAUGGGAAAUAAAGCGUUGUCAGUGUUGUGGCUCCCGUGGAACUCAUUUGGCCUGUUCAUCUAUGAAGUCAUGGGAGCAAAACUGGGAGUGCAUGGAAUGCAGAAGUAUCUUUGCAAAAUCAGGGAACUAUAGCAAACAGAAAAAGCAUUCUUUGGCUACCUCCGAAAAGGUAAAUGGGACAGCUUGUUUGCUGGAAGAGCCAUCUCCAAAGCGCCCUCGGCAGUCAUCUGGAUCUCAAUGCAGUUUUCUUCUCCAAUCACCAAAGAUAAUGUGCCAGAACAACUUGUCACCCUGCUCGCACCUAGAACUUUCAGCAUCCAACAGAGUGACGAUGUCCUUAUCUCCACUGAUGUCUAACAGGAGCUGGUGCUUGAGGAAAAAGCAUUUAAGAAAGCAAAGAAGGGAAGCUUCUAAUGUACUGAAGGAGUUAAAACUACAAGUUAAUACAAAAACUACGAGGCUUAACAUCAAUGCAGAAAGUAUCUGGAAUAGUGCUUUAAAAGGAUUUAGACAGCGCAACUUCAGUCCUACAAACACCAUAGAAAUAAAGUUCACAAACUGCAAAAAUAAAUCAAAGACCAAUACUUCGGCUGCAUCAAAACACCAUUUCUUCCAAUUAUUAAUGCUUCACCUGCAGAAUUCAUCAUUGUUUGAGGGCUCUUCUGCAAAGAACUUGUCCCUUGAUUUUCAAGCUUUAAAAGAGAAUCUUUAUUUUGAAGCUGGUAAAAUGAUUGCAGUUUCUCUGGUUCACGGUGGCCCAUCUCCUGGUUUCUUUUCCAAAACACUGUUCAAUUGUCUUGUUUAUGGUCCAGAGAACGUGAAGCCAGCACUGGAAGAUGUUGGUGAUGUUGAUGUAGCACAAACAAUAAAAAUGAUAAAAUAUGCAACUAGUCUGUCCAGCCUACAGUCUGCAAUACAUGAGUGUUACGAAUUCCUUGCUGCUGCUGGAUGCUUGAGACCUAUAACAGCUUUGUGUGAUAAGAAUAUGCUGGUGAAUGACAUAUUGUUCCAUCAUGUAAUCAAGAGAAUUAUUUCACCCUUAGAAAGUUUUAGGCAAGGCUUGAAAACUCUUGGUGUGCUAGAGAAGAUGCAAAUGUAUCCGGAUGCAUUCUCUAGUAUAUUAUGCCACAAACCUGAAAGACUUUCAGCAGAAACCAUUUGUGAUCUCUUUACAAUCCAUUCCUCAUCAAAUGUAAAUAAAGGUGAAGGUGCUGAAUUUUGGAUGGGUUAUUUGCAAGAUGUGGAAAGUGGGGAGUCUGUAGUGACAUUGGAGGAUAUUCUGCUCUUCGUAACAGGUUCUUUUUCUAUACCGCCCAUUGGUUUUGAUCCUGAACCUACUAUUAAAUUUUUGCAUAUAAGUUACCCUGUUGGAAAGAGACUCCUUAAUUGCUUAGAGCUUCCUAUAACAAGGACGUAUGAACAGUUUAAAAAAAAAAUGGAGUUCGCCAUCAGAAACACACUAAGAGUUGAAAGAGAAUAAAUAUUUUUGCUACUAAACUGGAUGUUGGAAACUUCCAUUUUCUGCAGGAGCAUCUGCUUGCAAAUUGCUACUGUAUUCUUAGACAGCAUGCUCUCAGCCUUUUCCCAUUUUUCCCCCAAAGGUAUGCUAAAAGUAGUAAUUUUGUAAGAUGGAAAACAAUUUUCAAAUGAAAAUACACUUUAUCUGUUGAAUUAUCUUUCAGUUUGAAGUUGGUUUUAAGAGUCAGCAGUCUCUUGCAGAAGUACUUUAAAUGUCUGCUUUUGCUGUAGACAGGAAAUGUUACCAAACUCUGUAAUAUUCUAGCUAUUUCCCAUAGGUAAGUAUGUUGAUUGUGUUACAUACUUCAGUAACUUAUUUAUCAAACUCAGAUCAGGUACAUUUUGGAAGAUAACUGCUGUAAAGCUUUCUCUCCAGUAAAAUUGAUGCAGUUCUUCAGUUGUUCCAUGUAUAUUUUUCAGUAAUUAUUUUUAUAUUGAUGAUUCAUUUAAGUUUUGAUGAUUCAUACAAACCUACAAAAGCUAAGAAAUGUGGAGUUUUGAGGUCAUUGUGGUUAGUGUGUUAAAAUAUAAUUAAGGUCUGGAGAAAAUCAAGGCAAAAUACUAAGGUGCAAGAACAAAAUCUGGUUGAACUUGUGUUUCUGUUGUUAAACAAAAUCUUUGACAUUUGCACACAUUUCUGCGUUGUACUGUUAUACAUUAGUUUUUAAUUCUACAUAUAGCCAAAAUAGUAAAGCCUAGAAGUAAAUCUUGAAUAUGCAACAAGAAGUGGUCUUUUGGAAUGAAAUAUGAGUUAGACUUGUUGAUUAUGAAAGUAUAAGAAUUUGUAGCUCAUUAGAACAUGUCACUUCAUCUGCCAUACAAGUCAGUAUUUUCAUAGGAAUAUUCAUUAAAACUAUUUGUUAAACUAAAGGCAGUUUACCAUUAAGCUUGUCAGUGCCUGACACUUUCUAGCUUUUAGUCUAAACUCUCCCAGUUCACAUGUAUGUUCAUUCUGAGCAACUUCAACCAUAUGAAAUAUAUUUCAAUUCUGCAGUAUUUGUAUAAAUACCAUUAAGUCAUAAAAGAUAAGUAGUGAAAUUCCUACAUGGUAACACUUUAAUGUUACUAAUAUCAAAACUAUGAAACUUAAAAAGAUAUGUAAGUACAGGUUUUUUACAUAUAUGCAGCCUCUCUUUUGAAAAUAGUAUUUCCCCCCGUCAGUUUGCCUACCUAUACUGUGUCCCAAACAUAGUUUAUACUAUAGAUCUAUAUAUAGAUAGAUAUGUGUAUAUAUCCAUAUAUAUCCACAUUUUUCAAAAUACUGAAAAGUAAUCAUAUACUUUUAAAAUCAAUAUUGCUUGGUUUUAAUUGAAAAUACAAGCAGGAUUGCUUUAAUUUUGAAUGCCUUAGCAAGCAAGUUCAUCCACAGUUAAAUUAUAGAUAGAUAGGUGCUUCAAAAAAAAAAAUCGUUACCUGGUUUCAGGUUCUAGUUAUGGUUCUUUGCGAGUAUCUCUCUAAUGAACAAAUUGUAUUAGUAAAUGCUAAUUGCAUAGCAGUGUACUGCAACUCAAGAACUGUGGGAGUGGCAUACAAGACUUGCUAAAUUUGAGACCAUGCCAUAAGGGAUUAAAGACAAAGACAGGUGGGUAUGUAAAUUACAUGGUUCAUUUAAUAAUAUGCAGGUAUUUUGAAAUAUUAAGCUCCUACAGCUUCUCUUGAUCUUGGGAGAGUUGCUAAUCUUAUUUAAUACAGAGCUAUUUCUAUCACUGGGUGACAAAAGCAUGUAUGCCACUGUUCUGUGGUUUUGGUUUUUUUUAAUUUCAAAGUCUCUAAGUACGUUAUUGUAAGGCUUAGGUCAGGCAUUUCUCACUUACAAAUACAUAAAACAAUCUAAUCUCAUCAAAGUCCUGUCACUAGAAAUUUAAGAAUAAUUGAAAUUAAGACAGGGUUAGUGAUGUUUUUCUGGUUCAUAGCCAAAAGCCAUAUUAAAGUCCCCUUUAAAAUAAAUGCAUGAGCUCUUGGAGAAUGACAUUUGACUUAAUUUAUAUACUGAGCAUUUUCUCAUUCUCUUCUGAUUAUUUUUCUCCAAUAAUAUUCCAUGUUUUUGAUGUCUUUGCAUCAUUUUUGAACAUCAGACUGCCAAUAACUUCUUUAUAUUCUUACCCUUCAGAAUGGCCCGUUACCAUUAUAAGGAAGGUGGCUUGUUGCAAAUUUGCAUAAUAAAGAUUCAUAUUGCAUGUUCAUAUUCUUAAAAUAUAGGAAGAAAUUUCCUGCAGAUAGAGUAUUAUAUUUUAAAAAUUAGUGGUCUACCCAGUGCAGUAUUCGGGGGUUUUUUGCCUAGAUAGAUUUCUUCUGUAAUACUACGUUACUUUUCUGUAUGGGCAGUAGCAAGCAGUGUGUGAAUAAUUUUAAAGGACAGUCCUUGGACUUCUGGUACCUGCAAUGGCAAGGGAAAUGGUUUAGAACUUGGAACAAAAUAAACUGCAUUUUUAAACCUUCAGUGGAGAAAGAAAUAGUAAGGUAAUGUGAAUAUAAUGCUUCAAAAAGUAUCAGAGAUAAAAAUAGGGUUCACACCUUUUGUUGUUUAUUAGUUUUGAAUUCAGCAAUUGAUAGGUUUUAGAUAAAGGUAGAACUAAGCUAUUUGUCAGCUGUAAGAAAUGUUAACUUUAGAACUACCUGCUAUACAAUGCUAUAUCAAAACAUGGAAUUCAUAAAAUCCUCUAGUCUCUAAUAUUGCUUGAAAAGAUUAUUCUUACAGAUUGUUCCCAUUUUCUAGUAGUGAUGUGUACACAUUCAGGACAAGUUGUCUUUCCUUCCUUGUUGGUUUGAACAGCUCUAUCUAGACAUUCUAACAUAAUCCUUGAUAUAUUCAAGUUGCAUCCGUCAGUGCUACUAUGGAGAGAAAUUUCUUCUCUUCUGCUUAUCUUCAGCAUUUAUUUACAUAGACCAAUUUUAUAUUUAUUCUACCUGUUCAUUAAAAUUCCAUUGAAGAAGCUGUCUGCCAGUCCAUCGAAACACAGAAAGGUCUCUCUUGUUUAGAAACCUUAAACAGCAAUAUCUGUAGCUAUAAUCACCAUUGGGUUUUUAAUUGCUGUAGCAGGUCCCUGAAGUGCAAUAUUAUCAGGUAGUUUUCAUUGUACAUAAACUUUUAAGUUGAGGCACAUCUGGAAAUUAGAGAAGUUGCUUACUUUCAGUAUUUCUGUAACACAAGGAGAUUAAUUGCAUAGACACAAGCUGUUGUGUAUCAGAUAUUUUCAUAGAAGGUACAGCUUUUAUAAGAUUUGUCAGGCCCACAGUAGUACUAGUGCAGUCCUCUUUGACUGUUUAGCCAAAGAACUUAACCCCUCAAUUUCUGCAUCAAACCCUAAGCUUCCAUCUGGAAUUAGCACAUCAAAUAAACUAUUUACUUUACAGAGUGAUCAUUUGCUAGUAGACAAUAGAUUAAUAUUAGUGGGGUUAGUAUAGUCUAAUAAAGCACAUAUAACUUUAAAAAAAGAAAAAACAAAAACAAAACAAACCCUCAAGUAUUUUAGAUGCCUGAAAGAUGAAGGGAUAAGAAAUUUCUGUGACUUGCUUUCACCCGUGCAAAGGAUGCUUACUAGAAGAAGAUGUUGGUAUUUUUAACUGGUUUAUGAGUGAAAUAUGGUCAGAAGUGAUUAAUAUCAGUUUAUCUUUAAGAUCUUAAUCGUGUGCUGCAGCUUUCAUUAAGAUGUUCAGUCUUGUGAUUGGAAGACUUGAGGAUUUUGAGAGGUGUAUUUAAAAUGUAGAGCAGAGUCAUUAUUUGACACAUUCAGCAUGUGCAUUUGGAAAAUAGUAUCAAAAAAUUAUCAUUCAAAUAGAAGGAAAUGCAACUCUGGAGACUACAAAACAUGCUUUUAAAGUUUAUCUCGAUUCUGUAUUAUAUGGUAAAGCAUUCUAAAGCUCAAGCUUUACUGUUUUUUAUUUAAGGGAAUUUCUAGUUGGAUACAAGAAAUUAAAAUGCAAAACUUCUGAAAUGUUAAAUCAUAUCUAUACAGAAGAUUGUCCAAAUACUAAUGUUUGUAAAAAAAAAAAAAAAUGCAACACUCUGAUUUUGUAUUGCAUAAAUAAUGUUCUUUUAAAACUUAUGGUAAUUAGAGUAUUACAUAAGAAAUUACAACUUUGUAAAUACUUUUAGCUUUAACUUGAAGUGCAGGAUCAGUGCCUGCAGUGUUGCAUCUUCAAGUAAUGUUGUUGACAGGUGUAGCAUCAGAGUUGAAAUAGGGGAAUAACUGUCAUGUAUAUGUUCAAAGUGCAAUAAAGGGUUAAAUUUCUGUUGGAAUAAA